UGUGAAAGCUCUUGAGAGCGGUGUAACGCCAUGCUGUCCCCCGAAGCGGAGCGGGUGCUGCGGUACCUGGUCGAAGUGGAGGAGCUGGCCGAGGCGGUACUAUCGGACAAGCGCCAGAUUGUGGACCUGGACACCAAGAGGAAUCAGAACCGAGAGGGCCUGAGGGCCCUACAGAAGGAUCUGAGCAUCUCUGAAGAUGUGAUGGUUUGCUUUGGGAACAUGUUCAUCAAAAUGCCUCACCCUAAGACAAAGGAAAUGAUCCAGAAAGAUCAGGAGCACCUGGAUAAAGAAAUAGAAAGACUCCGCAAUCAACUUAAAGUGAAAGUUAACCGCCUCUUUGAAGCCCAAGGAAAACCGGAGCUGAAGGGUUUUAACCUGAACCCCCUCAACCAGGAUGAGCUUAAAGCCCUCAAGGUCAUCCUGAAAGGAUGAGGCUCAAACAGCAGGUGAGGGACCUGUGAGCAGGUCCCCGCUCCCUCAGCCUUAAGACCUGCAAGGACAGGAUUGUCUCUUUAAGGGGACAGGCUCAGGAAUGUGGCUUCUGUACCAAA